AUGCGGACCAUCUAUAAAUCUAUUAAAGAUAUCACUCAAAACACCAGAAACUGGAAAAUAAAAAUGAUUGUUGCUGAGAAGUCACCAAAACGUGCAACUCAAAAUUCUCCUACAAGAUAUCAAAAUUUGGUACUCAUAGAUGUUGAGGGAAAUCGUGUACAAGCAGUCAUUUUUGGGAAAGAUAUUGACUUACGUGAUGACACGCUCAAUGUAUACCAAUCCUACUACAUUGCUAAUGCUUUCGUCAAACCAUUAGAUACAAGACAUAGAAGGGAGGCAUAUGAGCUUCAAUGGAUAAUUAAUUCUCGAACCAUUGUUGAAAAUAUUAAAUACGACGAAUCAUCGCUUAAACCACCAGAUUAUAAUAUUGUUCCUUUAAAUCAACUUGAUAUACACAAGGAUACUGAUGCAGAAAUAGAUAUUUUGGCAAUAGCGAUUAACACAAAUGCACCAAGAGAGGUUAACAUAAGCCAUGGAAAAUCAUUAGUGCAAGACAUAUAUGUGGUCGAUUCAAGUUUAAAGGUUCUACGUUUGGCAAUGUGGAACAAAUUUGUUCAUGAUGAAUGUCCUGAAAUUUGGAAUGCUAUUGUGCAAAAGCCAAUUAUUCUUGGGACAAAAAUCAGAGUCUCUUCGUAUAAUGGUAAUUUUUCUUAA